CUUGAUCAUCUUUCCCUUGGAGAUCGGAGAGAGGAAAGACAAGAGAUUCGUCGAUGAGAGCUCUUCUGAUGAGGACCGGUUCGAUGCCGGUUCACCAACACUUCGUCUCCGGUUCACCGAAGGCCUCCAUCUCCCGCCAUAACUCCGUUGGAGAAUCGUUCUCCGGCAACGGCCACAGAUCCGCCUCCAGGAUCUCGCUCUACGUCAAGUCCUCCGAUGGUCAUCCGCCGACGCGCUUCGGGAUACGGAGGUCCUUUUCGGAGAGUGAUGUCAUCAGAUCGGAAAGGACGACGAGGAGUAGUGCCGGGCGCAAGCCUUCGCCGAUGAGAAUCGCGGAGGAGGAGGAGGAGGUCGCGGAUGGGUGGGGGUCGUUGAUCUCGAAAGAGAGCGCUAUUCCGGCUGAAGAGAUGGGGUUCCCCGGCGGUGGAUCCAGUAGAGGCUCCGGUGACAGCGGCUGUAACGGAAACGCGAACAGAGGAGGCGGUUACAACGACAGGAGCAAGAUUGGGGAGUAUUACAGAGAAAUGUUGAAAUCCAACCCGAACAACGCGCUUCUGCUUAUGAACUACGGCAGAUUCUUGUACGAGGUGGAGAAAGAUGGAGAGAGAGCAGAGAAGUACUACGGGAGAGGGAUACUGGAGAGUCCAGGGGACGGGGAGGCGUUAUCGAUGUAUGGGAAGUUGAUAUGGGAGACGCAGAGAGAUGAAGAAAGAGCCAAAGGGUACUUUGAACGAGCUGUCAAUGCCUCUCCCGAUGACUGUAUGGUGCUGGGAUCAUAUGCACACUUCAUGUGGGAGGUGGAUGAGGAGGAGGAGGAAGUAGAAGCCAUGCCAGGAGUUAUGGUUCCUGCGUUUUAGGACACCGCCCUUACUACAAAACCCUGAAGGAGCUUUCACGUUUUCACUAACUCUCUUUUUGUCGUGCCCUUUGAUGUAAUCUUUGCCAUGUAACAUAAAUAAACUUGUAUGUGAAGAGAAUACGUAGGUACCAAAAACAGUGACGCAAACUUGUUCAAAUUGUAUCUUUCCUAAAGAUCAAAUUUCAAAAUGAUA